AUUACCUAAGUGAUAGUGAGGUUGCCAUGAACUAUAUAAAACUGGGAAAUCAAAGCGGAGAAACUCCACCUCGCAGUCCUGAGCCACAAGCACAACCCCUGAAGAGAAACCCACCCCACAAGUGAGUGAUCUCAAAGGCUUGAACUCCAACCAAGCUGCAUGAGCUCAGAGCUGCUGCAGGACUGAGGAGCCGGCGCUGGCCCGGCCGGAUCCCGCUGCUCCCGGGGCAGGGAACGCUGCUUUUGGCAAUUCUCACAGCCAUGAGGUGGAGGCAGCUCCUCUGCAUCGCCUGCCUGCUGGAGCUGGCUGGCUGCGCUGCUGGGAGCACCACGGGCACCCCCACGGCGGCAGGCACGGCCGUGGCAGCGAGGGACAGCAGCACAGGGACAGCCAGCACUGCCACCGCUGCCACCACAGCCACGGGGGACACCAGCAGUGCCAAGCCAACCUCUGAUGAAGGCACAGCCGGCUCCGCGGCCACCAGCCCGACAUCGUCAGGGCUCCUUGGGCAGCUGAGGACGAGCCCCCAGCCCAGCCCGGCCCCCACGUCGCUGCCGGGCUCCUCCCCGGGGCCGCACGGGAGCCCGGGGGUCCCCAGGAGCCAGAGCCCCCCGACAGAGCCCGAGGUCGGGGCAGACACCUCGGGCCCCGCCAGCUCCGCGGCCACCCCGGAGCAUCCUGCUGUGCCUGCGGCCACCACAGCCCCGCACACCGCCGGCGCCAGCCCCCAGCCUCCCCUCCGUGCCAUCGGCUGCCACGGCGCCGGAGAGGAGGGACACACCGGGGCCAUCUGCCUGCGGCUCAACGAGUCCGGCACCUGCGAGCACUUUUUGGAGAGGAAGGGAUCGGAUUUAUGGCAAGCACUAUGUGAAAAUAGAACCCACAGCGUGGAGUCCCCCUGCGAGAUCCAACUCACUCCAUCCAGCCUGGACAGGGACUGUUUGCUCCUCAUCCUCAAAGGAGAGGAAGAUCCUGACAAACUUCUGAGCACGCUCCAGAAGUCUCACUGGGAAAAGUUUGGAAUAGAAUCCCUUAAAAAGGAGAGUGCGAGGAGCCACCGGGACUCUUCUCAGAAGACCCUGAUCGCCCUGGUCACAUCUGGGCUGCUGCUGGCGUUCCUGGGGCUGGCUGGAUAUUUCCUGAUGAAGCGGCGCAGCUGGAGCCCCGCGGGAGAGAGGCUGGCUGAAGACCCCUAUUACACGGAGAACGGCAGCCAGGGCAACACCAUGCUGAUGUCACCCUCCCAGGAGCCGGCGGAGCUGCGGGAGAAGCCAAACCUGCCCAACCUCAACGGGGGCACCCAGGAGAACGGGACGGGCCAGGCGUCCUCCAAGAACGGCCACUCGGGCCGGCAGCACAGCCCCGCCGACACCGAGAUGUGACCGCGGCCGCGGGAGCCGCCAGGGCACGGCCGAGACCUCUGCGCACAGACAGGGAAUUGCCGAGCUUCUCUAUCGUUAUUACCGGCUCUGGGAAGAACUCCAAAAUCAGCCUAAAGCACGUGGAGGGCCAGAGCUGCCAAAGAGCAGCUUCCCUGCCUCCUCCUCCUCCUCCUCCUCCUCCUGCUGACCACACAGGACACUUUUUCGCAGCUGUUCUCUGCCUUUGUUGUCAGAAGAACAUCAGGACAAAUGCCCGUGCCCUCCCAGCUUUUCGGCAGAGGCAGAGUUUGCCUCCGAGCAGCCCAGAUUUCUGGUAGCGAUAUGUGUUAGGCUGACUAAAGUAGUUAAAUUGGGAUUGCAGUGACAAAAACCUCUCAGGUUUCAGAUAGUUUUGGUUAACAGAGUUGUUUAUAAUCUCAUCUUUAUGUUUAAGUGCAGGAUUUCUUCCUUUUCUGAGACCAUCAGGCAUUUAACCCCUUCCUGUCUUUAGGGCCCCUCUACUAUUUCCUACUCCAGCAGAAUUUGCUGAAGCUGUGUGUAAAACUUCCCACGUGGAAUUGAAGGCUGAAAUGUCAACUUCUUUCUCUUUGAAUCCUACCAGGACUGUGUCCUGAAGGUUUUUUAGAGGAAAAAAAACCUUCCCCAGCCUCCUCCUGCCAGGGGCUGGGGGCUGUGACAGGCAGAGCCAGCAAUUUAUCCCUUGAGUGAGAUGGAGAACACUGGGUAGGGCUGUGGGGCUCUGUGGGUCUCUGGGGCUGGGGCACUCUCCCUCUGGCACCUGGGGCAGGAAUUUGGGCACGAGAGGUGCCAAAGGGCUCCCAGAGGGAUGAGUGGGAGGCAAAACCCCAGCUCUGCAGAGGGCGUUCCUCCCGCUGUGGGCCAUGGGCAAAGAGCAGGGUUCACUGUGGGAAGUUCCAAAUCCAGGAGCAGGAACAGGAGCAGCUCUGAGCCCUCUCCGUGCUGCUCCUGCUCCCCAGGGAAGCGCUGCUGGAGCCACAUCCAGCUCCUGGCAGCUCGCUGGGAGCCAGGGACCCGGGCCAGGUUCGUUCCCCAUCCCAAGCACAUUUUUAGGGAGCCAAGCCCUGACUGUGCCAGCCCCGUGCUGCUGGUGCCAGACCAGGAGGGCUGGUGGCUCACCACGAGCGCCAGCAGCGACCUCCACACCCCAAAUAAGCCCAAAAAUGGCCCUUGAAGCUGAUCUACCCUCUCACGAGUGAAUUCAUCCCAACCUUCUCAGUGCUGAACACUGAGGGGAAGGGGGUUUGUUCUGGUACAGUGCUCAAAGCAAUGACAGCAGCAUCCAUCACCACCUGGGGCUGCUUUUUGUGGGUGCAAGAGUCGCUUAAACACAAUUAAAAUAUUCCAGGCUGUUUGCUUUGGUGUGAAUUGCUUCUCCCAAAUCUCACUGUAAAUAAUCCCGGUUGAAAAAGAAAAAUAAUUAAGUAAAAACCGGUUUCUCUGUUGUGUCCUUGGAACAGCAGCAUGUUCAUCCCCGUGGGAUGCGUGGCUCUGGCUGCUGCUAGCAGGAUGGGAGGGCAACGCCUCACAGAGAGGUUCUUUCCCAGCAGAAACCCCAUGACUAAAGGCUCU